UAACAACCACAGUGUCGGAAGACUCAUGAAAAUAACGUGUCCUUCAUACCUACUUGGUAAUCUGGUUGGAAACAUCCAUGAAGAUCUGUCAAAAAUGUGCUUGCUCCACACUGCACAGCGUCAUGAUUUAAACGCCGCCAACCAUAUUUAUGAUUUUAUCCCCGAGCCGCUCUACACCUUGACCUGCAUUUGUCAAUGAGCUUCGCCAUGUUUCGAAAGGAUCAUCAUCCAUUCUCAUGUAGUUUUACCUCGUCGUCUCACAGGCGAGGAUCAUAUUCGUCGGCUAACCCGCUUAAAAGGGUCCACAUGCGAGGAUAGACUUCGGGCAAAGUACUGCAAAUGCAGUUGGUAUCAAAGCUACCCCUCUUCCUGAGACUCUCGUCACUCAACAUUGAACAAGGGCCCCGAAAACCCUUUCUCGUGACGCCGCCGUCGCCGCUGUCAACGUCGGCAGGCAAGCAGGCUGGGGGGCGGGGCUAGACGAUGAGGAUCACCAACGCAUGACUGCAUCCUUGUCAUGGUGACAUCGCGAGGGCUGGGAGACCCCGCAAGUCUGCAGUGUAUCAUGCGGCCCGAGAUUAUGGACAACUCCUUUUUCGUGGUCCACUCGAUGCGAUGUUGAUACAGAAUCGGUGGGGUGAGAGUGCCAGCCGAUGGGUUCGAUGUCUCUCGGUGAUGUUUGCGGGGCUCUUGCUGCGG